UCCGCCGCUGCGCCCCGCCGCUCCCCGGCCGGCGGCCCCGGGCCGCGCGCCGCCCCACGGCCGGCGGGGCUCUGCGUCGCCGCGCGGAUGCCGCCGCAGCAGGAGGGCGAGGCGGGAUACAUCAGCAAGCCGGUGCCGGGUGGCUGCGAGGUGCCGCCGGUGCCUCCGCGCAGGGUACGCAGCGGCCGGGCGGCGGCGGCGCUGGGGGUGGCGCUGGGCGGCCGCUGCCGGGCAGCGGGGGCCGGAGCCGCCGUGGGGGCCGGAGCCGGGGCCGGAGCUGGAGCGGGGACCGAGCCGCGGCGCAGCAUCAAGUGCGUGCUGGUGGGGGACGGCGCCGUGGGGAAGACCAGCCUGGUGGUGAGCUACACCACCAACGGGUACCCCACCGAGUACAUCCCAACCGCCUUCGACAAUUUCUCCGCUGUCGUGUCUGUCGAUGGCAAGCCGGUGAGACUUCAGCUCUGCGACACAGCUGGUCAGGAUGAAUUCGACAAGCUCAGGCCUCUGUGCUACACCAACACGGACAUCUUCUUGCUAUGCUUCAGUGUGGUGAGCCCUUCGUCCUUCCAGAAUGUGAAUGAGAAGUGGGUUCCUGAAAUCCGAUGCCACUGCCCUAAGGCACCUAUUAUCCUGGUUGGGACACAGUCGGACCUCCGGGAGGAUGUCAAAGUUCUCAUCGAGCUGGACAAGUGCAAAGAAAAGCCAGUCUCGGAGGAGGCCGCGAAGCUCUGUGCUGAGGAAAUAAAAGCUGCGUCCUACAUCGAGUGCUCUGCUUUGACUCAGAAAAACCUCAAGGAGGUCUUUGAUGCCGCCAUUGUGGCUGGUAUUCAGUACUCAGAUACCCAGCAGCAACCAAAGAAAUCCAAGUGUAGGACUCCAGACAAGAUGAAAAACCUCUCUAAAUCGUGGUGGAAAAAAUACUGCUGUUUUGUAUAGGGGUUGCAAGGACCUGAGUACUGCUCUGAGGAAAUGAAAUAGAGGCUAUAUUAGCUGAAAUCUCAUUCUAUGUCGUCUUGAGUGUAUAGUUUAGAUUUGUAUGUAUCUGUAUAUGUUGCUACUGGAUUAUCUUGGUUGCCCUUUUGAGGGUGGCAGAAGGAUUCUUAGUUAAAUAAUUGCUAUAAAUCAGAUUUGGCAUCCAGUUUUGUGACUGAAACCUCUUAUUAAGGAAGAAGAGCACCAUGUGUCUGCAAGGGUGGAAAGAUUUGUCCAAAGGAUUCGACUUUUGUGUUGUGUGUGUGAUGGGGAGGAGCACACCAGAGGCCUUUGCUGCCAGGGAAUCGCAGGAGAAACACAUGAGCAAUGGCAGAAAUGUAGAGCUCUGCACAUGGGUGAUCAAAGGGAAAAAUAAUACUGUGCCUCCUAACUGACAUUUGUAGCUUUAAAACCCACUCCUGCCCUCUUCAUGUCUUCCCAAGUCAAGGCUUAUUGGGAUUGCUUUAAAAAGGGUAUGUGAGAGAUGUAAUCUAUAUGCAAAUGCCAUGGUUGGAAAGGUCAUGAAUAUACCUUCAGCAUGCAGUGUGGGACCCUAGUCCCUUAGGGAGCUGACAUCUUGUUUGUCACUUUUUGACUUCGUUAAAGUCUUUCUGUCCUCCUUCCCCAGUCCCUCCCAGGAAGCCGAGUGGAAGCCCAAGAACAUGACCAAGCUUUAACUCGCUACCUCGAGCAGUGGUGAUUUCCUCUGUAUUUUUGCAGACAUGACGACAGUUCAUCUAUUUCAACUGAAAGGAAUGUAAAUCCUGUUGUGUUGGGUUUUUUCUCAUUUUUAAAAGUAUUUUAUUUUGGAGAGAUGUAACAUAUACCCAUGCAGCACCAUGUAAACUGCAUCUGGUUUUAAGUCUACGGCCAAGAAUUUCAAGUUGCUCCUCCUUACCUUUGAAGGCUGCUACAAAUAAAUCAGGCAGAUCAAGAUACAUAGCAAACUGGACUCUAGAAAACUUAGGCUGCUGUGUCCUCUUUACAAUGCUGUUUUCAACCAAGUUAAUGUUUCCCUUCUAAAGACAACAGUUGCUUGUGGUUGAAUAUUGCCCAAGCUUAUACCACCCAUUGGCUCAGGCCACCCUGGAAAUUUAACUGUUAAUGUCUUUUUCCCAGAUCAGUCCAGUGAAUUUACUGAAAUGUGCCUAAAAUGUAGCUGAAUGAUCAGCACAGCACGGAGUUGAGAGUGACCUGUUCUCUAACUAAAUCUGACCACUUAAACCAAGCCUAAUUUCAGUCCCACUGAGUCUGAGAGACCUGUGGGAUAAUAUGACUCUGCAAAAAAUCAGCAUUUUAACUUACUUUGCAGAGAACAUUUAACUUGUGCUGCCUGUGUGUCAGCCUUUUUAUGGCUGUAGAUAUUUCAAUUUCAGAUCAUUUUAAAUUUAUUUUUUCCCUGCAGCCACAGCCUCGAAGUGACCUUUUUCAUAGUCUUAAAUUAAAUUGCAGUAACAGAAAACUGGUACCUUUUUCUUUUUUUCUCACCAGAAAUGCAUCAGUGCCUGAUGUAAAGAACUGUGGAAGCCAGUUGAUAAAGGUGACCACAGUUUAACUUCUGUCCCAUUAAAGAAAAUGACACUAUGUAAAUGGAUUCUGGGUUGUAUUGGCAUGGCCUCCACAAGCAGUACUUUUUCCUUCUCUACAGUGAAAUGAGUGCAGAAUGGUAAUGUUCCACUACUUGAAAAUGGGAUGAAAUCUUUACCUAGGGGGCCUGAUUCAAUAAAAAUUUGUUGGAUCCUGCACUGGAACAGCCUGGAAAAAGAGUUUCCACAGCACAGAAGCUGGAUAUAUUUAACUUGGUUGCAUCUGGUUGGUAAUGGUUUAAUGUUUACUGGUCAUGAAGUUCACAUCUGAGCCUUUAUAUUUCAUACUUGAAUGUUUGACAGGAUUUCAGAUAUGCAGUCAUACAGUCAUCUUGGAGAAAAACAUAAAGCUGGAUUUCUCUUGGGUGCUUUGCUUCUCUGUAAAAUGGUCUCAAUCAAUCAAAAAUGUGGGUUUGGGAGGAGACAGGCUUGAACCUGAGCAGCUUCCAUUUGCAAAAAUAACAAAAUUUCUUUUGCAAGAUCAUAGUGCUUUGUAUUAUGCCAUACUGGAAGCAGUAGGUUAUAUUUUAUAAGCAGCCUGUUCCAUAGUCUGGAGUAGUAUUACUUUUAAAUGUAGCCAUCUGUGACUUUCUGAAAAUGUGAUGUAUAUACAAGUUGUUAUAGCCCUUUACUAGGUAUGUGUAAACUGAGGUCUAAUAACUUUACAAAUACUGCUCUACACAGGACUACACAGGGUCUAGGGUUUAGAAAUAAUACUUUAAAAAGCAACAGUAUUUUAUGAGCACAAGUGAGGGGGGCAUGUCUCUAUGUAGUCUAUAAUCUGAUGUGCCUUAUAAAACCCCCCCUUUCUUCUCUUUUCUAAGUGUGGGCUAUAUACUGAAAGAAAUAUUUCAUCUAAGAAUGAUAUAAAUGAGGUAUUUGGAAAUAAAUUUUGACCUGUGUA